AUGAGGAAUAAUAGCUUCAUCUCGCUCUUCGUGAGCUUCUUACUCCUGCUAAGCUUAGUCGCGGCGCAGCAGACCUCCCCCGCGCAGACCAACACGACACCCGCCGCAUCAGGGACCGAGGGUGCAGGCACAACGCAGACUGAGAGCCCUCCUCCAACAGAAACUACUGGUCAGUCUCAGCCAGGUUCGACUGGUACCCAGACCAGCACUCCUACUACAACGCGAGGAUCAGGCGGUGGCGGCGGUGGCGGCGGUGGUGGUGGCGGCUCCAGCUCGCCGACGACCAGGAAACCGUCGAGCUCCUCGCCGCCGCCUGAUGUCCUGCUGCGUGUUCCCGAGCUGUCAGUCGGCAAGAUUGAGCUUGAUGUCGAUGAUCUCCGUGCGGAGGUGAACUUGGCCGCCGAGAUUGCCAAUCUGGUAUCGAUCAAUGCCGGUGUGCAAGUCGGCAUCCAGAAGGUCAACAUCACCAUCGCUGAUGUUGGCGCGGAGCUGGAGCUGAUCAUUCGCCUCGGUCACCUCGUCGACAUCGUCAACCGCACUCUGGCGUCCCUCGAUCUCAACCCGCUGCUCAUCAAUGUGCUCGAAGAGGUGACUGACAUCGUCGACACGGUGGUCGGAGCCGUCGAUGGCCUGCUGGGAUCGAUCGUCAACGGAAACACUCGCCUCAACUUCAUCAUCGACAACCUGGGCAACAUCGUGCAGGAGGUCGUCGGCGAUGCCGGCGACAUCUUGUCGAGUAUCGUGGGCAACUACGAGAAGAACAUGACGUACACGGGCAACCAGAAGAUCUUGGAUAACGGCCUGAUACAAAAGACGUAUAAUUACUCGCCAUUGGGAAGUCUAGUCAACAUCAUCUUCAACGCGCUGGGACAGGUGGUGCAGGCGACUGUAGUCAAGGGCGGAAAUGGCGGAGGUGGUGGCGGCGGCGGCGGAGGGGGCGGCGGAGGCACGCAGACUGCAUCGACUCCUGCGAAUACAGCCUCUUCUCCGCCCCCAACUUCAACCGGAUCAUAG